UUAAAAAUAUAUAAAAUUAUUAAUACCAACAAAUACCACCAACCAAACCCUAGUAAUACACAACACAUCUUCUUCUUUCUUCUUUCUUUUGUUUUUUAUUCUCUACAAAAUACUAACAAACCCCUUCACAAUUAUGUUCCAAAAGUGGUGAAUUUGAAUUAUCAUUGAAAAUGAGCUCAAAUAACCCUAGUAGUAGCACCGGUGGUGUCUCCGCCCCAGGCGGAGGAGUGACUAGUGGAAGUACUAGUAGUGGAGGCGGUGGUGGUGGUGGUGGUGGUGGUGGAGGUGGAGGAGGGCCAUGUGGUGCUUGUAAAUUUUUGAGAAGAAAGUGUGUUGCCGGUUGCAUAUUUGCACCUUAUUUUGAUUCAGAACAAGGUGCAGCACAUUUUGCAGCUGUACACAAAGUGUUUGGAGCUAGUAAUGUUUCUAAACUUCUCCUUCAUAUUCCUGUCCACAAAAGGCUUGAUGCGGUUCUCACCAUUUGUUUUGAAGCUCAAGCAAGACUCCGAGACCCCGUCUACGGUUGCGUUGCUCAUAUAUUUGCUCUUCAACAUCAGGUAGCGAAUUUACAAGCAGAACUCUCAUACUUACAAGCCCACCUAACAACCCUGGAGCUUCCAACACCGCCGCCACUGCCGCCACCGCCACCGCCACCGCCACAACAACCUCAAACAAUGCUCCACCAGCCAUCACUCACCAUAGCAGACUUGCCAACAGCAGGACCUUCAUUGCCAGCUGCGUAUGACUUAUCAUCACUUUUUGACCCAAUGGUUAUUCAACCCUCAUGGGCAAUGCAGCAGCAGCCACGACCGCCGCCCCCUCUGCCUCUGGACCCGCGCCACUUUGGUGGCGCUAGAGCUCCGAUGGACAUGUCACCGUCCACCGGAGGUGGAGGCGGGGGCGGCGAUCUUCAAGAAUUGGCACGUGAACUUCUGCAUAGACAUGGAUCAGCAACAGUGCCAUGCACAGAAUCAUCAGCUUUGCCACCACAGACCAAGUGAGAUCCAAAAGUACUGACUUAUAAUAUGUUAAAUAUUAGUGGUACUUUAAAAAAAAAAAAUUAAGAAAAAUGAGGGUUAUCAAUUUUAAUUGAUCAAAAAAAAAAAAA